UUGGAUCAAGGCAUGACCCUGAUGAAUGCAUACCCUCCCCUGAUGAGGGCGGUGCAUAUAUCAUGAGGGACAAGGCCGUGAGUGGGAAUUUACCCAACAACAAAAGGUUCUCACCAUGUUCAUUAAGUGCCAUAGGGCAGAAAAUUGCUGCUGCACAUUGCCUUGUAGCUAAAAGCCCAGUGACCAUGUUUUGUGGGAACGGGAUUGUUGACCCAGGUGAAGAAUGUGACGCUGGUGCCUUAGGUCUGGCCCAUGCUGAUGAAUGCUGUUCUGAAAUGUGUACCUUGAAGUCUGGAGCACAAUGCAGUGACAUGAACAGUGAGUGCUGUCACAAAUGUAAGAAGGCAGGUCCAGAUGUUGUUUGCUUUGACAGUGGGAAAACAGACUGCAAGAAAAUAAGCUAUUGCGAUCCUUGAUAAAGAUUAAGUGGUACAUCAUAUAAGUGCCCAGAACCAGACACGGCACCGGACUGGACAGAAUGUCUUGAUGG